UCCCAAACCGCUGGUUGGCUGGUUCAGUUCUUUGACCUCAGGAAGCAGCAAGCUGAAGUCAAACAUUCCACAAGUUGAUGAUACGCUGCAAGGCAAAAAAUUACUUCGGUGAAGAUGGACGUUGAGAAAUAUCUGGAGCGAAUUGGCUUUGUGGGCCCCACUGAGCCCAGCCUGGAGGUCCUGAGGUCCGUGCACAUGAGGCACCUGAUGUCGGUGCCUUUUGAGAACUUGACAAUUCACAGCGGCGGACAGGUGGAACUAGAACUUCCCAUGCUGUACGAUAAGAUCGUGAACCAGCGGCGAGGUGGGUUCUGUUGUGAGAAUAACGGUCUGUUCUACUGGCUGCUGUCCGCUCUGGGCUUCAGGGUCACGCUGCUCUCUGCUCAGGUCAAGAACUUUUUCACGACUCUCUACGGGCCACCUUUUGACCACAUGGUCUUCAUGGUAACACUCGAGGGCCAGCGCUGGCUGUGUGAUGUUGGGUUUGGCCCAGGGUUCAGCCUUCCGGUCUCACUGGACACCAGUGGGGCCCAGGAGCAGGGCCACAAGGCGUACCGCAUCAGGAAGGACGGGGACAUGCACUUCUUGGAGUGUCAGAGGGACGAAAUCAUAAGUUCAGGUGAAGACUGGGCCCAGAUGUACAAGUUCACGCUGGAACCUCGCCGUCUGCAGGAUUUUGAGGAGAUGAGUCGGUACCACCAGAGUUCACCAUGUUCCAUCUUCUUCUGCAAGUCCCUGAGCAUCAUUCAGACACCGAGUGGAAGGCUGUCUUAUAUCGGCCGUAAUCUGACCACCAUCACGUUUCCCACAGAGGACAACGAGAGCGUGGUGAAAACCACCAGGGAGCUGAAAGAUGAGGAGAUUCCUGCUGUUCUGGAAGAAAAAUUUGGGAUUGUUCUAAAGUCUCCACUGACACCAAAGGAUGAGGAAAUCACACCACCUCCAGUGAUAUACUGAGGACAAUCCACGAUGAACUUUGGUCAGAUGGGCCUUGAUUUUGCAAAAAGGAUGGAAAUGGAUGUGGUGAACACCUACUUUAAGAAAGGGAGGAGCACAGGGUGACAUAUAAGAGUAGAGGAAGGUGCA